AUGGCUUUUCCCUAUAACACUAUUCCUGGCACCACCCUCACUUGUUUGCAAUAUCAAGAUGAUCUUCGCGCUGAGGUUUCCAAUGACGGUUGCGAUUUCACCGCCAAUGGCCGCAUGCGAUCCAACAGCAAGCUCAAUGUAGCCUCCUACUGUGGCUGCCAAUGCUCCAUUUGUCCAGAUGGUUCUCCCGUCUUGAAUCCCACCCGAGAAGUCAAUUUUGGGAAUCAGCUUCGAAAGACUUCUUGUCAGACCAUACUCAACAUUAUGGAACUCUUUACGCCGUCCGACUGCAAGAUAUUUUACGAAUCCAGUCCCAUUGAUUUGGAGGCAUAUUGUGGCUGUCCCAACAUGGACCAGCUUCCACCACCCAACACAUGCUCCAUGUGCGGCGAAUUUUACCUAAAAAACGAAAACCGUGUCAUUCCAGAUACGGGAGGUCUCACGUGCGGAAAAAUGGAAGAACUCUCGCAUUACGUCUUUGACGAUAUCUUUUGUCAGGACCGUGUGGAGAUUUUGCGGGGAGACUGCUGCUCCAAGGAUCCUCCUGGUCCCACUUCGGCACCAACCGUCCGAGGCUCGACUUUGGUGCUCGAUUUGCCAAACUAUGUGGCCGUCCGUAGCGAUGCUACCUCUGCAAAGUACACUAUUUGGAUUUUGAUUGGCGUGUCUAUUGCGAUUGGCAUUGGCUUUGCCAUUUGA